AAAACUUUUUUUAUUUUUAUUUAUUUUUAAUUGCGUUGUUUUUAGUUGUUAUGUUGGUUAUUGUUAGACUUUGUAUGAUUGUCGACUCUAAAAUGUUAACGAUUUCUUACUCUGAAAGCUAUAAAUUAUAGUUUUCAUUAAAUAAGAAUAAAAAUAUUUCUUUCUUUUAUUUAGGAGCAUAAAAAUAUGCUGAAGUUCAUGUUAAUAUCCUUUGAUAAAAGCUGAUUGUUGACUAGUAUGUCUCAAUUUGCAACAGCAAAAAAUCCUCCAUGGGUGAGGGCCAAUGCUGCAGGUAUUGUCCAAUCUCAGUCUGGUGCCUCAACAUUACUCACUGCUCAACAAGUAUCACAUGCAUCAGCUGCAGGACUUGCUGCAGGAACUCAAUUAGCUGCUGGAACACAGUUAGCUUCCAGUACUCAACUUGCUGCUAAUGCAGGAUUAACAGCAGGAGCUACUUUAGCAAAUCCUGCACUUGCUGCCAAUGCAGGAUUGGCAGCAGCCUCUGGGCUUGGACCCGGUGGUCCUAACCCCUUAGCUGCUGCUGUGGUUGCUGCAGCUCAAAAUCAGCAAGCUCAGCAAGGUCCAGCUGUAAGUGCAGCUUAUGGAACUGGUUUGGCCACUAUAACUCUUACCCAGAAUGCUUUGCAACAAGGUGCAAUGCUUCAACAACAGGGUAUUGCUAUUCCAGCCUCAUUAGCUGCCACAACUCAGGUAGCCAAUGUAAAUAAUGGAAUGGUUGUUGAAAUAGCUCGUUUGCCUCAACCUGGUGUAGCUCUUCCAACUUCUCUUGCAACAACACAAGUAGCCACUGUUAGUUAUCCUGCUCCUAGGCUUUUAGCUCAAACUACUCAAUAUCAAGGUCCUCAACCUCAGGUUCAUCCAUCAGCUGUUGUGCAACAGGCUGCUGUGCAGCAAGCCGCAGCUGCUGCUGUUAUGCAACAGCAUGCCGCCCCACAACAGCACCAAGCCCAGCAGCAGCAACAGCAGUUUAAACACAGAGUGUUUACUGGGACAGUUACCAAAUUGCAUGAAAACUUUGGAUUUAUUGAUGAAGAUGUAUUUUUUCAAAUCAGCUCUGUGAAAGGUAAUUUACCCAAACUCGGAGAGAGAGUUUUGGUUGAAGCAACUUAUAAUCCUAAUACACCAUUUAAUCGUAAUGCUACCAGAGUUCAAGUUCUGCCUAAUCAGCUUCAACCUAAUAAUGGCCAGUCUGGACUAGGACAACAGAAUCAGUCAGCUGUAGUGAUGGCUGCUGCAGCAAGAGUCUCUAUGGGUCUUAAUGUCUCACAAAAUAUGGCUAUUGCUAGUAUGGCAAAUAAUCAGAAUGCUUUUUCAAAUGCUGCCCAACAAAAUAGAUGGCAAGUUCAACAAGAGAUGGCUGUAAUGGAAUCUUUAGGUCAACAGCAACAGCGCUUGAACAUGCAACACAAUGCUCAACAUGCUUGGAUUCCUGAAAUGGAGUAUGGUGAUUUAAUUGAUAAUAAAACUAUGAGAAUAUCUAAUAUGGGUAGAAGACACAACUCUCCACCAUUACCUCGCCGGGAAAGAGAACGAGAAAGAGAUAUUAGAAGAGAAGAGAGACGUGAUCGUUAUCGUGAAAGAGAACGCUACUCUCCACCUGCUAGAAAGCGCUCCCGUUCUCCACGUCGCCCAAGUCGUAGUCCACCUCGAAGAAGGCCCAGAAUUGUACCUAGAUAUACGGUCCAAAUUCCAAAAAUUUCCUUAGAUUUGAAAACUGGGAAUGUGAUGGAGUUGCGAAAACGUUACUCCAAUCUCUACAUUCCUUCAGACUUUUGUGCUGCUAACUUUUUGUGGCACGAAGCCUUUCCUUCCCACAGACCAUUUUCAAUGAAUCAUCCUUGCAAUUUUCACAUCGUAGGUAAAGACAGUGAGCCUCUGCUUGAUAAUGAUUCAGUAUUAGAACCCUCAGAUGCUGAUUAUACUUACAGUGCUAAAGUUAUGCUUAUGUCGAUGCCCCCAUUAAAUGAUAUAUUUCGGAAAUCAUGUGCUCUUGCGGAAGACGGAGAUGAUGUAAAGGAAAACUUUGUCCAUCCUACUCGACUGAUCAGCUUUCUUGUUGGUCUGAAAGGUAAAAAUGAAACAGUUGCGAUAGGGGGACCAUGGUCUCCUUCUUUGGAUGGGGCAAAUCCUGAUAAAGAUCCAAGUGUUUUGGUAAAAACAGCUAUUCGUACUUGCAAAGCUUUGACUGGAAUAGACCUGAGCCACUGCAGUCAGUGGUAUCGAUUUGCUGAGAUCCACUACCGAAGGGGAGAUUCUUCGAGCCACAAAGGCCGCGGAAUGCGCGUCGAAACUGUGAUUCUUUUCGUCCCCGAUGUGUGGAGCUGCCUACCCACACGUGUUGAGUGGGAUGGCAUGAUUGCUACUGGAUGUUGCAAAAAACCGCUUCCUCAGCGGAAGGUGCCAGAUGAGACUUUGGAUGAUCCUGAUGCCCAGGCACUGAUACAUUAUAUGGACGAAGAUAAUAUGGAUACGGAGAAAAAGGAACCGACUCAUUUCUCCGAAUUAGAUCCUAAAACAAUAAAAGUGAAUGAUUUGAAAGAUGAAUUGGAAGCUCGAAAUCUUAGUACAAAAGGUCUGAAGUCUCAACUUAUAGCUCGAUUAACUAAAGCUCUCAAGACGGAAUCAGAGAAGGAAUCAGAAGAAAAAACUGAAGAGCAAAAUUCUGAAGGGAAUGAAGAGGAAGCAGUUGAAGAAAUUGAAGAAGAAGAGAAAAAGAAAGAUAAAGAUGAAGAAAAAGUAUCCAAAGAAGAUAAAAACGUAGCUGAUAAACUAAAUCUUCCUGAAUCACCUUGUAUAUUAGUUCAACCUUCUAAAACUGCAAAGAGUGGUAAAUUCGAUUGUGCUGUUAUGUCUUUAUCUCUGUUGUUGGACUACAGGCAAGAAGACAACAAGGAACAUUCUUUUGAGGUUUCUCUUUUUGCUGAAUUAUUUAAUGAAAUGAUGAUGCGAGAUUUUGGUUUCUGCAUUUAUCGGAGUCUCGUUGAAGCACCCGAAAUCAAAGAUGAUGACAAAGAUAAAAAGAAAUUUGAUAAGAAAGACGACAAGAAAGAUAGAAAAGAGGAUGAAUCUCGUCGUAAAGAUGAUUUAAAUGACAACGAAUCUGACAGAGAUGAGGAUGAAUCUGAUGACGAUGACUUUGAAGAAGACAGACGAGAUAAAGAUAGAAAAAAGCGUCGUAAAAAGAAGGUUCAGAUGUAUACACAUGAUCCAAACUUAUUACUUUCGUUUGUUUACUUUGACCAAACCCACUGUGGAUUUUUAUUAGAAAAAGAUGUUGAAGAAAUAUUUUUUACUCUAGGCCUAAUGUUAUCACGAGCUCAGGUCCGGAAGUUGAUACAGAAAGUCUGUAAACGGGAAAUGUUUUGUUAUCGAAAGCUAACUGAUCGCCCACUCGAUGGAGAAAAGGUUAUUAAAACAGAUUCUCAGAAGAUUAAUCUUGAAGAUUUAGCAGCUGAAAAUUUGAAUGAGAGUACAAAUGUGAAAGAAAAGCUGUCUCAGAAACUUUCUAGUGACCUGGAAGAUCACAAACAGAAGUUGCGGUCUUCCGAAGAUGAUUUGAGAAGAACAAGAAUAGAAGCAGAUCGAUUGCAUAAAACUCUGUGCAACUUGAAAGAUGGCCUCCAGUCCUCAUUAAAUAUUACUGAAAGUGCUUUGCAAAGGACUAAACUAUCAAAAUCUAGAAAUAGUCCCUCUGGCAGAAAAGAUCAGGAAGGAAGGACAAAAGAAACCGUGAAUGGCCAAAAUGAUAGUCAUUGUGAUACCUCAUCAACGAAACAAACUAACAUUGCUGACGAAAGUGAUGAGUAAAUUGUAAAUUUUAUAAUGUAUAUAAAUUAUUAUAUAUCAGAAAUAUGUAAAUUAUCUGAACUUUGUUUUUUACUUUACAGAUAAAAAUAAUCACACGAUUUUAUGUGUUGAUGUAUAUAAGUGAUGGACAUUUAUACUAUUUGUAAUUGACUGAAAUUGCAAAUAAAAUGGCUUUGCUGAAAA